GCUCUUUCCUUGCGGUCAUCUGAAAUUCUACAUUCUGGGGUGAUUGGUUUCUCAAAUUUUUGAGUGUCUUGGUGGUUGAAGUUUCUCGGGAAAAUGAAGGAAAUUGUGGGAAAUCCUCUGCAUCUUACUUCCUUGAAUCACAUUUCGCUUGUAUGUAGUUCAGUUGAGGAGUCCAUCAAUUUCUACCAGAAUGUUCUUGGGUUCAUGCCGAUCAGGAGGCCUGACACCUUCGAUUUUAAUGGAGCAUGGCUAUUCAGCUAUGGAAUAGGAAUACACCUGCUGCAGUCAUCUGACCCAGAAAAAAUGUCUAAGAAAAAGGAGAUUAAUCCCAAGGACAAUCACAUUUCUUUUCAGUGUGAGAGCAUGAGUGCAGUGGAGAAGAAGCUGAAGGAAAUGGGAAUGGAGUACACGCGGCAGAAGGUGGUGGAAGGAGGAAUCGAGGUAGAUCAGCUGUUCUUCCACGACCCAGAUGGCUUCAUGAUCGAGAUCUGCAACUGCGACAACCUCCCUGUCAUCCCACUCUCUGGUCAGAUGGUCCGAACCUGCUCCAGACUCAAUCUCCAGAUGAAGCAGCAGCAGCCCAUGCCGGUGGUGAAGCUCUAAAACCCACCACCCACUGCCUACAGGCCCUACACUCUCCUCUCAUCAUCAAAGAUAAUGUCAGAAACUUUAUCCUUUUGAUUGUCUGUAAUCUUUCCUAGUAAGCUCUAGGCUUUAAUGGAGGAGAGGCUCUUGCUAAAAUGGAAUCCAAAAGAUACGUGCCUCAUUUGAAUGCUGAGUACUGUGGGCCAUUGCCUC